AUGUCUCUUUCCUCCUAUAUAAUUCUCUUCGGAUUAGCCAUCUUUGGAAUUCAUUUCUGGCUGCAAACUAAAAGUUAUAUUUUCCAGCAUGAAGAAGUUUCGCGGAUAGCCAAACGCCAUGCAGGGAACGGUUAGUUUACGGCAUUUACAUGUAUUUUCCCAAGCGAGGUACUCCUUGCAAUUCUUGGACAGAGUAUACCUUCCGCUUCCCCAAACAUGCCAUUUUCUGGACCUACUUUCACACCUGGCCUCUGUUAGAGAGCAAACCCAUUUCUAAACCUGGUAACUUAAAGUUGUACUUUGUUUACAGAUCAUUUAGCGCAUGUAUCUAUGCCGAAGUUAAAAAUAGCGGUUAAAUUAUUUACUCAACAACUCAGUGCGAACAAUCUAUCUUGAUUACCUAUCUUUCUCUUGCACGAAUAUGAAAGGACAAUGACGUUUGCGUUGUACCCAAACCCUCACCCAAGGGCAAACCGGGCUGUAUACAGCAUAUGUUACGUUUGACACAGGUAUUCGCGUGCAGACACGCGUGCUCGACAAAUUUUAUAACAAUAAUUGUAAAUAUUAUCAUAUUUUACUUUCCGUGAAGAGAAACUGCGAAAUAAUGAUACUGAAAUGCAUAUUUCCUAUAUCUUGGUGAUAAACAACAAAUUAUUCCUGCCAUGAAUUUGGCUUUCAGAGGUGAUCUUUCUCCUUCAAUAUGUUGAUGGAGAUGUAAAUAUUUUUUGUAGACAGAAACAUUCGUGCAAUGUUCACAAAGAUAGCUCUAGACCUUGAGAAAAAGUACCCAGGUCACAUCCUACCUGAAGAGUCAAGACAGUGGCAGUUUGUGAAUGCUGGGGGCUGGAUGGGAUCGAUGUAUUUACUGCAUGCGUCUCUGACCGAAUAUGUACUAUUCUUUGGUACAGCUGUUGACACACAGGGACAUUCAGGUGUAGUAUAACAUGAGCUACAGCAUUUUCAUUAGCACUAUAGCUAAGUUGAACCAUUUUUACAUGCAAGUUGUAUAAUGCAAAAGUUUGCUAGUAAGCAGCAUGGGUUAGGCAUUGCAACCUCAUUCCAAGGGUCUUCUCUAUUCCCUCCUCCUCUCUUGUGAAAGGACCAUUGUUGUGAUGGAUUACAAGCCUCCCAGAAUUUGAAAUAUUAAAAAAAACCAAAUAGAGGGAGGGACCCAAGCAUAAAAUUUAGUCAUCACUUAUUUGACAGGGAAGGGGAAACUUUGAAAACGCACUUGAUCUUUUCUCUUACAGAUCAAAUCUAAUAGCACUACAAAACUAAGUUGAGGACUCACUCUCCCCUUUGUAGUUUUUGGCACAUCCUUUCUCUAAGGGUCCUUUCUUGAGAGAAGAACAGAAAGAACCCUUUAAACAAGCUUGCAGACAUUGAUUGUUGUUUGAAGCGUCAUUUGAAGUUGAGCUGGCUGCUUGAGUUAAGACAAAAAUCAAGAUCAGUGUUAGCAACAGCAAAUUUAUUCAUUCCAUAAAUUUGAAAUCUCUUAACUCAUUUAGCUCCCAGAAGUGACUAACAUGUAACUUCUCCUGUAACAUCCAGACUUAACACAGCAAAACGGGUGCUGAGAAUCAUCAAACACAUCCAGUAGAAGUUGUUAUAUUGAUCUAACACCAAAUUCUUGUAACUAAUUUACAAGGAAAUAAGUAACAGCUAGAGGGGAGAAUUAACAAACAGAUCUUGUGAGUUAAAAGGGUUAGUAGUGACAACUCUCUUGGUUAAGCUUAUACACACACUCAUAUUGGAAUGAAGGGGUCAUUCCCAUUUCUCAUUUACUUAAACUCAAGGUACUCGAACAUUCCUCAGUAUAUUACAAUACUUCCUGACGGCAAUUUAGAAGCUUCAUACCUCAAAGGGAAUUUAAAAAAGGAACUCUAAUGCAUAUGUUGAUGAUGAUGAUGAUAAUUUAUCAUACUUUUAUUAUUUCAGGACUCUACUGGGCAAACAUUUCUGACACGGUACUAGCUGGCUCCCUACGUCAGUGGAAGGAUGGUACCCUUGAAAGUCAGGUUUAUGGUGCAGGAGACCUCGUGCUUCAUGGCUGGGGUGAGGUUGCUGCUGUGCAAUUUUCGGCCAGAACAUGGAUGGUGGAAUAUGGUCGUGGCUUUGUUCCUUCCACUCUUGGGUUUGCACUGUGGGAUUCCAUCUUUAGUACACUGGACUUUGUUUCAGCUUCAAAACUGAUCACAGUUUAUGCAAAAGCCCUGGUUCGUGAAACUGCAUUUCAAGUACAGGAGAUGAUUGAGACACUCAAGAAAAACAUGAAGGCGUAAUUUUUUUUUAUGGAGAAUUGGGACUUAUUUAAUGGUUAUUAAUCUCAUGAUGUGAAAAUUUACUUGCUGAAGAUGUCAUGAAUGAAUCUUAGAUAUUUGAAACAGACCAGCAUGCAUGAAAUUUACUUUGUUUCGCAUCUUGCUGUGCACAUAGACUGUGAGCAGACGUCCCUUUCCUUCGGCGAAGUCCUUUGAGCGAGCCAAAAAAACAAAAAAAAACAAAAAAAUACAGCGAAAAAAAAUUGACCUUAAAGGGUUACAAGAGCUUUGGGAGUGAUGCGCUUGAAAAUUUGAGCUCCUGCGCCGCAUCAACAUCAAUUUUGUGGUUGUUGAUUUUGUUUGGACUCGUGCGACAGACUUCACCGAAAAGAAGGGACUGCUCAAUCUCUUAUUGAACAAUACUUAUAGGAAAUAUCCACACUUAAAAAUAACAUCAACCAUUCCAAAAACGAAGCAAAAACGUACGAAUUUCUUGCAUUUACGAGAUUACCUUGCUUGAAUUACUAAAACUUACGAGCAGAAAACUGCGCAGCUUUGAGUAGAAAAUUAUUAAAACUGUACGAUUUCAAGACAAAAAGUUCUAUUAAACAACACUUUUGGGACAUGUCAACACCUCAAAAUGAUAUUUACUGUUCUAAUGAAGCGUCCCCAACUUCGCAAAGCCUCAGUUGAAGUCAGAUUUAAGCAUAAUAAUUCGCAUCACUUAUCAUGAAUUAUCGUUAACUCCAAAACUAAUUUUUGUCGUUUGAAAGAGCUACAUGCUCACUGUUUUUUGAAACGAGUAUUAUUUAGCAUAUUUUCUUUUCAUUUUGAGCUCCAAAAGGUCUGGCUCAAUCGAGAUAGAACGGCAAAACAAUCUGGGAAGUUAUGAAACCUCGCGGCUAAACUCGACGUGAAUUUUCAGCCGAAGUGAAACUUCACACUACACGUUAAAGAGGCACGGCCGGAGUUGCGCGCGCGCGUAGUGGAACCAUUACUCUCGGG